AUGUCAGAAAAAGAGACUAAGCCUCCACCUGGCUGCAAAAUCCGAUUUCGCACCGCACCUCGCCCGAAGCCGACUUUCGACUUUGCCCCGGACCAAGAAUGGGUGGGCUCUCGUCGGAAGCGUCGCUUGACGUAUGUUGAUAUGACACCGCGAGUUUCUGGGGGGUUGUCGAAUGAAUCUACCGCCCAGAGCCCAGCUGCCUCUCAACCCCCAAUCGGGUUGUCAUCUCCAGUCGAAUCAGCCUCUCCAUCAACAAACAUCUCCAACCAGACAUCGCCUCAUAUUGAGCAAAAGGAUCAGCCCGAGGAGCAUCCUGAGCGUGAUCCCGGCUUAGCUUCACGCUUUCGCUAUCCCAUAGGACCCCUUCAUGGCUGGUCAGAUACUUACUCUGACUCGUCUUCGUCCUAUCUCGAGUUCCAAGAUGCCUGCUUGAUGCGUCACUUCAUCGAGAAUCUGGCUCCAUUGUUUGACACCAGUGACAUGGACCGCCAUUUCGCCAUUGUUGUCCCCGAGCGGGCCCUGCUGUGUCCGGUGCUCCGAUAUGCUGUCUACACAGCUUCGGCUGGACACCUUAUUCGACUCGCAUAUUGUAGGGGAGGGAAUGGCAAUAUGGUUUCUGUCGAUGGGACAAGACUACCUAAUCUUACACCAGAUGCAGCUAUCCGCUAUCACGAUAUCUGCAUUUCACACUUGAUUGAGAUAUCGAAAGAUCCCGAUGAGGAAUAUAAUGAAGAUGUCCUGACGGCUGCCACAAUUCUGCGUUUCUACGAGCAAAUUGACGCCCCGUCAACCGGACCUUCCGAGGCAUAUUUAAAUGCAAUCCAGUUCAUCGUCAACACCCAGAAAGACGAGUCGUUCUACUCCUAUCAAACGAUUCAAGGCCCACCCCGAGACAGCAGUGUUCACGUCACACCGUCGAUAUCCCUUCGUCAUUCCGCCUGCCUCGCCGCGAUGCGCCAAGAGAUCUGGAGCGCAUUUCUUCACCAGCGCCCAUUUCGUCUGCCCGUGUCACCGCACAACGACUACAGUUUAUUCGACCCCAACAACGACUUCAUCCGGGCCAACCGGAUCUUUGUCUGGGUUGCCGACCUGCUGAUAUUUUGCUUCGGAGACAACCACUUCACGACGGCACAGGAGAAACUGCAACGUUGGAACAUGCUCAAAGCCGUCGAACAGAGAUGGCAAGAUCUAAGACCGCAGCCAAUGCGGCCAUUCUACUACCGCGAACGAGAUCCCAGCUCCGGCCGAUUCUUUCCCGAGGUAUGGCAUGCCAACGCGUGCCAAGUGGCCGGGGCCCAGCACGUCGAGCUAGGCAAGAUACUCCUCGCGGUCUCCGAUCCAACGAGAACCUCCCGAUUAGGAAUCGGUGCCAUGUCACGAAACAACGCGUUGGCUGAGGAGCUGCGGAGUAUCACUCGCCGUCUAUGUGGACUGGCGCUUUCCAACCAGAAGUGCCCGUCCGCCAUGAUCACAGCGAUGGUCGCAAUUGCGGUUUGCGGGGAGUACUUUACCGACCCUGCUGAGCAGGAUGCCCUACUUCAGUUGCUGCAUGCCCUCGAGUACGACUAUGCAUGGCCGACCCAAAGCACUGUUGCCGCGUUGCGCGCGUCCUGGGCACAGAACACGGGGCUCUAG